AUGAGCCCGAUGCCAACAACCUUUUUGGGCAGUGCCCUCCGGGGCACUUUCUUCUUCGCCUUUGGCCUGUGGUGGUCGGUGAGGUACCCCCUGAAGUACCUGAGGAGGAAAGGGGGUGCUGAGGGCCAGCCGGGCCGUGGGCACGCCGAGCUCUUCGAAGGCGCAGUCAAAGUUUUCUUUGCUCUAGUAGGGAUACUGGUGGAGCAGUUUGUCCCCACUGGUCCCCACCUGCAGCUGUACAGCCCCAAGACGCACAGCUGGACUGACCUCACCCACUGGCACUACUCCACCAUCUACCUCUUCUUCCUCCUCUCCGGCAUCACAGACGUGGUCUCACACUCCCCACUCAAGCUGCCCCCUGGCUUAGACCGGCUCUCGCUGUCCCUGGCUCUGCUUGUGGAAGGUUUGCUCUUCUGUUUCCGUGACUACAGCGAUGCUGUGCUGGACCAGCACCUCCACUCCCUGCUGGCCAUGGCUAUCUUUGCUGGAGCCCUCUGUGCCCUCCUGGAGGUGUUCCACCGAGACCAUAUCAUCCUGGAGACAUUCAGGACCAGCUCCUUCCUGCUCCAGGGCUCUUGGCUUUGGCAGAUUGGGUUUGUGUUGUCCCCUCCGUGGGGAGGACCAGGCUGGGACCAGAGCGACUCCAGCAACCUCUUGUUCCUCACCAUGUGCUUCUGCUGGCACUACCUGGGUGCUCUCGCCGUUGUGGCCGCCAACGCUGCUGCAUCCCGCUGCUGCAAUGAGUCCUGCCAGCUGAAAUUUGGGGACAUUGACGUGGAGUUGGACUGUGGCUUGUGCCUCCACAGAGGGAAGAAGAGCUCCGGUGGCGCCUUGCUGCCAGAGAGCAGCUUGGAUGACAAAUGAGGCUGUGGUGGGCAUGGAAAUCUCUUCCCUGAUGGUUUAGAGCUCUUGAGAUGAAAUUUUUAAUUAGUCUUGAUAAAUUACAGCAGCACUUGACAGUGGAGCAUCAGAAGUAGGAGGCAGGACCCUGAGGCAGAGCAUGACAGGAGAUGCCAAAUCCUUCCUCAUGCAUCCCUUUGGUAGACACGAGUUCUUAAUUCUCUGAGCUGCAGCUCAGGCUGCAGACUGCAGGACUAGUUUGCUGUUGGAGUCCAACUGGAGUGGCAAAUCAGACUAUUUUUUCUAACAUUUCUCUUCUGCUUCCUCAGAAGGGAGCCAAGCCAGCA